AUGCUGGCUGGGCGAGCCCUCGCCUUCCUCUCCCUGGCCUGGAGCGCUUACCGGAGCCUGGCCGUCCCCAGGGUCGCGGAAUGCAGCCUCUCCUGUUCCCAGGGCUUCUCCUGCAAGAGACGCGUAAACCGAAAUAUUUUCAACAGCUUCUGCCGCAAGCCCCCCACGUCCAUGUCCGGGUCCGUCCUGGAGGCCCUGACCCUCUCCACUGCCAUGAAGUGUGCCCCCCCCGACGGCUGCUCCCUGUUCCUGCGCGUCAAGGCCUCUCUCACGCUGCAUGAGGGCCUGCGGGGCCUGGAGGCCUGCUCCAUGAGCCUGGACACCCAGGAGACACAGUGCCAGAGCGUGCGGGUCCCCAGGGCCUCCCGCCGGCUGCAGGUGGGGCAGCAGCUCCAGGUGCACUUUGACUGCUUUGAGGUGAGCGUGGCCCAGAGCCUCUACGUCACCCUGAGGACUGUCCCCCACUUCUGCGGGGUCCAGCUGGACGAGCGGUACCAUGUGGAAGACUGCGCAGACGAGGACGUAGGGAGGAACGUGCCCGACUGCUUUGCUGGGAAGCUCUCCUACUCGGUGGACCGCAGCCGCAAGGUCAUUCUGGUACAGGUGCCGGAGUCAGGGGGCCCCGACUACUACGACUACUACGUGCGGCUCUGCCUCAAGUGGUUCACCUGCGAAGACGCCGGCGCCCCAGUGCGAGUGACAGCGAACGGGGUCUCCCGGAGGGUCUCUCUGCCCUACAAACAAGAGUUGUCGUGCCUGUGCCUUGAGGGCUGGUCCGCGACGCCUGACGCCGUGCGGAUCCAGACCUGCCCCUUCGAAGAUGACACGGAGACGCUGUGGGACGCCAUCCACUACCACCCGGGGAGCCGGGAGCUGAGGUGGGAGCCUGCCUGCCCCAUGAGUGGCCGCGUGAGCCUGUGCUGGCGUCCAGGGCCAGGGCCCCAGUGCCUGGAGCUGGAGCAGUCCAGCCGGCCUGCACACAGCAGGGUGCAGUACCCUCUCGUGGACACCCAGCCCCAGCUCUGCCUGAAGUUCUCCACGAGCCUGGGCUUCCCGGUGAGGUGCCCUUUCGAGCAGCUGCACUUCCCAGCCUGGAAGAUGGCCGUCCAGCCGGCACCCGCCCCGGGCCACCUCCGGGUGGCCUUCCUCUCGCCCAGCCCUGCCCGCUUCCAGGUGUGCCUGUGUCACCGAGGGAAGACGUGGCCCCCCGCGUGCCGCCGGCUGCUCCAGGCCACCCCCAUCCCUGCGGGUGACCCCACAGAGGACCCUGCGGUGGCCUUUGUGGACAUUCCCGGGGACCAGGCCUGCGCACCCGGCACCUGCAUCCAGGUGGGUGGUGCUGUCCUGCCCACCUCCUCCACUCCCAGACCUCAGGGGAGCCCCCGCCUCCCCAGAGCUGCCCUGGGGGCCCCUCCAGCUACGCAGCCCCUCCAGCCGGUGCCUCUGGGGAAUGCGGGCGGGGCUCAGGGAGCGGCUGCAGGCUGUGCUGACCCGCUCUCGCUCUCGCUGCCUUCGACCCCGGCCUGCAGGGCAGAAGGACCGACAUCCAGUUCUCCGUCCCCCAGCAGCUGUGCGACCUCCAGUGCGCUGCCACCCAGGGGACAGCAGCCUGAGGCCACGUGUCUCACCAGGAAGAAGCAAGUGCUAGGGCCAGAUUGCUGGGACGUGUGUCACUUCCGUGUCCCAGGCCAGGGGUCACCCAGCAACUGGCCGGCUGGGUCUGCCCUCCCAGGACCCUCCUGCCGGCUCACAAGGACCACCGGGCCACACCUCCCGAGCUGUGUCUGGGGUCACCUCCACGAGACCACGGUGCAUCCAGGCCCCGCCCUGGACGUCAGCUGCGCUGCGUCUGCAGAUGUGCCCCUACACCCAGGCCCUGGCUGGGCUGUCCCUCCUUCAGCCGGACACAGUCCACCGGGCCUUCUCCUAUCCCUCUCUCAAUGGGGCCUGCUGCCCCCAGCCGACUAGGGGGGCAGGCAAAGCCAGCAUGGCCCCUCGCUCAGUAAACACUUGUCCACCUG